UGGCCCUCCGCCCCGGAAUGUGGACUUUGCCAAACCUCCUAACGCUCUUCCAAGGAGAGGGCAGUGUCUGGCUUGGCCAAGAGACCAGACUUAAAAAUUGCCGAAUAAACGGGGGCUGGCUGAGGGCCAGGUUGGCUCAGGACAAUGCUGUCAGGCAGAUAACUCAGAGAGCUGGUUUUCCAAGACUGACACUUACUGGAAACUACAACUCCCAAGGUGAACUGCGGCUGGCUCCCGAACUGGACUGUCAUGUGAUCCGUGCUCACGUGCCUCCGCCGCCAGCACGGGAAUGAGGUACACUAGAUUUUAGGUAAAGUCUUGAGAAAGAACUUGAGCCUAGAGGGAAGCGAGGAGAACCAGAUCCCAGCCUUCUAGGGAGAAGAACCAACCACCUUCCGCCAUAGCCAAGUAGUUUGAUAGAGCAGCCUCUGUAUUUCAGGAUAUCAGAAGUACUUGCCUUUAUCCCAUCUACGCUGAAAAGAAUUUCCAUAAAAUAACAGACUUGAACAGGCAAGGAUUCCCUCCGCUACGCCUGGGAUGUGGUCGUGAGGCAGAGCCCACAGCCCUUGCAGGAAGAGGGCUCUCAGUGCCAUGGCCCAGGUCAGCAUCAACAGUGACUACAGCGAGUGGGGCCCAAGCACGGAUGCUGGGGAGCGAGCUCGUCUGCUGCAGAGUCCCUGUGUGGACACCGUCCCCAAGAGAGAGGGUGACGCCUCUCCUGGGGGCCCUGACACAGGCACCACUUCCACGCUUGGGGCCAUCUUCAUCGUGGUCAAUGCCUGCCUGGGCGCAGGACUGCUCAACUUCCCAGCAGCCUUCAGCACUGCAGGGGGCGUGGCUGCUGGCAUCAUGCUGCAGAUGGGCAUGCUGGUUUUCAUCAUCAGCGGCCUCGUCAUCCUGGCCUACUGCUCCCAGGCCAGCAAUGAGAGGACCUAUCAGGAGGUGGUGUGGGCCGUGUGUGGCAAGCUGACAGGCGUGCUGUGCGAGGUGGCCAUCGCCACCUACACCUUUGGCACCUGUAUUGCUUUCCUCAUCAUCAUUGGUGACCAGCAAGACAAGAUUAUAGCGGUGAUGGCAAAGGAGCCUGAGGAGGCCAUCAGCAGCUCCUGGUACACAGACCGCAAGUUCACCAUCAGCCUGACUGCCUUCCUAUUCAUACUGCCCCUCUCCAUCCCCAGGGAGAUUGGCUUCCAGAAAUAUGCCAGCUUCCUGAGCGUCGUGGGAACCUGGUAUGUCACUGCCAUCGUUAUCCUCAAAUACAUCUGGCCAGAUAAAGAGAUGACCCCAGGGGACAUCUUAACCAGGCCGCCUUCCUGGAUGGCUGUGUUCAAUGCAAUGCCCACCAUCUGCUUCGGAUUUCAGUGCCAUGUGAGCAGUGUGCCCGUCUUCAACAGCAUGCGGCAGCCUGAGGUGAAGACCUGGGGCGGGGUGGUGACGGCUGCCAUGGUCAUAGCCCUGGCUGUCUACAUGGGCACAGGCAUCUGUGGGUUCCUGACCUUUGGAGCUGCUGUGGACCCUGACGUGCUCCUGUCCUAUCCCUCAGAGGAUGUAGCUGUGGCUGUCGCCCGAGCCUUCAUCAUCCUCAGUGUGCUCACCUCCUACCCCAUCCUUCACUUCUGUGGACGGGCGGUGGUCGAAGGCCUGUGGCUGCGCUACCAGGGGACGCCUGUAGAGGAGGACGUGGGGCGAGAGCGGCGACGGCGAGUUCUGCAGACGCUGGUGUGGUUCCUGCUCACCCUGCUGCUGGCACUGUUCACCCCUGACAUCGGCAAGGUCAUCGCAGUCAUCGGAGGCCUGGCUGCCUGCUUCAUCUUCGUCUUCCCAGGGCUGUGCCUCAUUCAAGCCAAACUCUCUGAAAUGGAGGAGGUGAAACCAGCCAGCUGGUGGGCAUUGGUCAGUUACGGAGUUCUCUUGGUCACUCUGGGAGCCUUCAUCUUCGGCCAGACCACAGCCAACGCCAUCUUUGUGGAUCUCUUGGCAUAACCACUGCCUCAAAAGAAGCACCUGGCCUUGGCCAUUGGACCCAGGAACCUGUCUCUUACAGCUGUGGGCCCACCCCAAGGCCAACAUCAUUCCAACUUGUGGGAUGACCCCUGCACAUCUUCCAAGGGCCGUGCUGGAGCAGAGUCAGCCCCACACAUGUGGACUGCUCAGACCCAGCUCCCUGCCAGCCCUGGCAGUGCCAUGGAUGGUGGCGGAACAUCUCAUGUCAUAAAGGAACUUUGUUUCCCAA